AAAAGCAAGGAGAGGGAUAGAGAGGGAUAGAGAGGGAGGGAAAAUUCGUAGUAGAGCGCAAUCCGUAGAAGUACCGAGAAGUAUUUGCAGAUCCUAAAUAACGCAAUAGUUUUCUCGAGAAAAUUUUCCUUCAUUGAUUCGCCAUUUUGUUUUUCGCUCGAAGUUGGAGCAUGCAUCAGCUGCCUUUCUAAAAAGCUCGAUUCCAAAAGAGGGAAAUAUAAUUGAUAAUAGUUAAUUUUGAUUUUCAAAAUCAUGGUUGCUACUGCUGCUACAUCCUCGUUUUUUCCCAUAACUUCUUCCCCGGACUCCUCUGACUCGAAAAACAAGAAGCUUGGAAGUGGAUCUACUAACCUUGGUGGUAUCAUGUCGAAUCAAUAUGCUUCUUCUGGAAGUUUGCAAGUCAAGGCAAAUGCUCAAGCCACUCCUAAGAUAAAUGGUACCUCGGUGGUGACUUCUCUGGUUGAAAGUUUCAAGAAUGAAGACGGUACAAGCUCCCCUCCAGCCCGUACAUUUAUCAAUCAGUUACCUGAUUGGAGCAUGCUUCUUGCUGCUAUCACAACCAUGUUCCUGGCUGCUGAGAAACAGUGGAUGAUGCUUGAUUGGAAACCAAAGCGGCCUGACAUGCUCAUUGAUCCUUUUGGUAUUGGGAGGAUUGUUCAGGAUGGCCUUGUUUUCCGACAAAACUUUGCAAUUAGGUCUUAUGAGAUAGGCGCUGAUCGUACAGCAUCCAUAGAGACUCUAAUGAAUCAUUUGCAGGAAACUGCAAUUAAUCAUUGUAAAACUGCUGGGCUGCUUGGAGAAGGUUUUGGUGCAACCCCUAAGAUGUGUAAGAAGAACUUAAUAUGGGUGGUCACUCGGAUGCAGGUUGUGUUCAAACGUUAUCCUACUUGGGGUGAUGUUGUUCAAGUAGACACUUGGGUCAGUGCAUCGGGAAAGAAUGGCAUGCGAAGGGAUUGGCUUGUCAGUGAUAGUAAAACUGGUGAAAUUUUAACAAGAGCCACGAGUGUGUGGGUGAUGAUGAAUAAGGUGACUCGAAGGCUAUCUAAAAUUCCAGAAGAGGUCAGAGGAGAAAUAGAACCCUUUUUUAUGAACUCUGAUCCUGUUGUGGCUGAAGAUAGCCGGAAAUUAGUGAAACUUGAUGAGAGCAAGACUGAAUAUGUGCGCAAAGGUUUAACUCCUAGAUGGAGUGACUUGGAUGUCAACCAGCACGUCAAUAACGUGAAGUACAUUGGCUGGAUCUUCGAGAGUGCUCCAUUGACGGUGUUGGAGAGUCACGAGCUUUCUUCCAUGACACUGGAGUAUAGGAGGGAGUGCGGGAGGGACAGCGUGCUACAGUCACUAACAACUGUGUCGGACUCCAGUGCGGGGGACUUGGUGAAAGUGGGUGAAAUAGAGUGCCAGCACUUGCUCCGGCUCGAGGAAGGGUCGGAGAUUGUGAGAGGGAGGACUCAGUGGAGGCCCAAGUAUGCCAAAAGUUUUCGCGGUGUGGGUCAAAUUCCAGCAGAAAACGCAUAGAAAAAUCACAAAGUUCUCAAUCUGCGGCUGGAGGAGGGGCAUUAAUCCUAUUGCUGUGUGUUACAAUGAUUAAUGUAGAAUCUAAUCUUGUGUUCUAUGGAUCUCUCUCUCUCUAUAUAUAUAUCUAUAUAUAUAUAUAUAUAUAUAUAUAUUCCUUUGAUUCGUCCUGAGAAAUAAUAAUAA